CAAUCUUCCUGUUGCAGGACAGAUAGGGAUGCUGAAGGGGAAGAGUUAUUUCUUCCAUAUCCAGCCACUCCUGAUACUCAGCCCAGUUCUGGCUCUCAGCAGUUGACUGGGAAGACAACAACAACAAAAUCAAAGGUCAGGAAACAAUCGAACUCCACAAGUAAGGCUCAGAAUGCACCAAGAUCCUCAAUGCAACAGUCUGUUCUUCCAAGUGCUGUGCCUCCCGCGCAAUUUGGGAUGAUGGGGUAUGCCUCUAUUCAAAAUCAUGGAAUAGCACCAUUUCAGUCUAUGCCAUCGCAGACUCAUGCCGAUACCCCUCUAGUAUCAAACCAAGUAUUUCCUAACUCUGCUACUAAUGUGUCAUACCGCAAUCAAUCCCCCUAUCAUAUAUUCCCACCACAGCCUGCAAAUACUUUCAUGCCAAUGAUGUAUUGGCCUCCACCAAGUGCAUUUCCUCCUAGUCCCUACCCAACUACCUAUGGUUACCGGUCUUUUCCAUCAACUGCAAAUUACAUCUCAAUCCAUCCACAGCCUUAUAAUAAUCAUCCCUCCAGCAGUCCAUUUGUCCCUAAGAUGGUAGAAGGUAGUGCAAAGAAUAAUGCGGCUCUGGAGGAACCUGAUAGCGAUUCAGAUAACUCUUCAAGCAGUACAGAACCAAAAGAGCCAUUAGCAAGCUGCAACUAAUGCACCAGCUGAACAUAGUGCAAUUUUGUAAAUGAACCUCCUUCGGAAAAAAAAAUAUCUUAGCAAAAGAGAUGCGAUGUAAUGCAUA